GGCGCUGGACCCAGCCCCUGGGGCAGCCGCGGGCUCUGCCGACACCAGCCCCUGAGCCGGAGCCUGCAGAUGCCGGUGACCUUUGAGGAGGUGGCUGUGUAUUUCACUGAGGGGCAGGGGGUUCUGCUGGAUCCCGGUCAGAUAACCCUCUACAGGGAUGUCAUGCAGGAGAAUUAUGAGACUGUGACCUCGCUGGGACUCCCCAUUCCCAAACCUGACCUAGUCGCCCGGCUGGAAGCAGGGGAAGAGCCGUGGGUCCCGGAUCUCCAAGCCUCCGAGGAAAGGAAGAUCCCAAGAGACACCCACACAGCAGGUGACAAGACAAAGAGUGAGAAUGAGGAGGAGAAUCCACAGCAGGAAGGUCCUGAGCAAGUGGAAAUGCAGGGGACCAUUUUGAGAUCUGACAGUAAUUUUUCCCGGUGCUUGGAACAGAGAACAGCCUGGAGUAAUUGGCACAAAUCAGAGAGGAAGCUGGGAAACAGCCCAAGAAAGAAAAUGGAUGAAUCCAUUGAAUGUGGGAGAGGAGGCAAUAGUCCCAAGGAAACCACAGCCCAGCAAUCAAAUCACAAAAAAAAGAGAUCCUAUAAAUGCUUGGACUGUGGGAAGAGCUUCAGUUGGCUGUCUGGCUUUAUAAAGCAUGGGAGAAUCCACACAGGAGAGAGACCCUAUGAAUGCUUGAAGUGUAGGAAAACUUUUAGUCAGCACUCAGGCCUUGUUAGCCAUGGGAGAAUCCACACAGGAGAGCGACCCUAUAAAUGCCUUGACUGUGGGAAAAGCUUUAGUCAGCUCUCAGGGCUUAUUUGCCAUAGGAGAAUCCACACGGGAGAGAGGCCAUAUAAAUGUUCUGAUUGUGGGAAAAGCUUCAGUGCACCAUCUGCCCUUAUUGUACAUCAGAGAAUCCACACUGGAGAGAAACCUUAUAAAUGCUUGGAGUGUGGGAAAAGUUUCAGUCAGAGCUCUGGCCUUACUAGCCAUGGGAAAAUCCACACAGGAGAGCAACCAUAUAAAUGCCUUGAGUGUGGGAAAAGUUUUAGUGACAGAUCAGCCCUUCUUAUACAUCAGAAAACACACACGGGAGAGGAAUCUUUAAAAUGCUUGGACUGUGGGAAAAGUUUUAGUCAGCGCUCAAGCCUUAUUAAACAUGGGAGAAUCCACAAGGGAGAGAAACCCUUUACAUGUUUGAACUGUGGGAAAAGUUUCAGUGAGAGCUCAAGCCUUAUUAAGCAUGGGAGAAUCCACACGGGGGAGAAACCUUAUAAAUGCUUGGACUGUGGGAAAAGUUUCAGUCAGAGCUCUGGCCUUAUUAGUCAUGGGAAAAUCCACACAGGAGAGGGACCAUAUAAAUGCCCUGAGUGUGGGAAAAAUUUCAGUGCACCAUCAACCCUUAUUAUACAUCAGAGAGCCCACACAGGGGAGAAACCUUAUAAAUGCUUGGACUGUGGGAAAAGUUUUAGUCGGACCUCAGGCCUUAUUAGCCAUGAAAGAAUCCACACCGGAGAGAAACCUUUUAAAUGCUUGGACUGUGGGAACAGUUUCAGUCAACGCUCAAGCCUUAUUAAACAUGAAAGAAUCCACACAGGAGAGAAACCCUUUAAAUGCUUGGACUGUGGAAACAGUUUCAGACAGCGCGCAAGCCUUAUUAUGCAUGGGAGAAUCCACACAGGAGAGAAACCCUUUAAAUGCUUGGACUGUGGGAAAAAUUUCAGUCAGCGCUCAAGCCUUAUUAAGCAUGGGAGAAUCCACACAGGGAAACCCAAUAAAUGCUUGGAUGAAGGGAAAAGCUUCAGUCCCAGGUCAUAACUUCAUAAACAUCUGAGAAUCCAUAUGGGACGGAAUCUAGAAAAGUUUUGACUGUGGAAAAAGUUUCAUUUGAUGAUCAAACCUUGCUUGACAUCAAACAGUCCACAUAAGAGAGAGAACCCAUAAAUGCUUGGAUUGUGGGAAAAACUUCAAUAACUGCAGAAAAAGAUUCAGUCUGAGCUCACACAUUAUUCUCCAUCAGAUAAUUCACAGAAAAGAAGUUGAAUGUGAGGGAAGCUUCAUUUGGUUCUCACAGAACAUCAAGCAUCAGCAAAUCCACACAGAGAAGAGGCUCUCAGAUGUCCUUAGCAUGAAAAAUGCUUAGUUGGAUCUAACACCACAUUGAACAUCAGAGACUCCUCCAUAAAGGAGAGAAAUUCUCUCAGUGCCCUGACUAGGGCUGGCCAUAGAAAAAACUCUGUUUUGUAAUUCCCACACACAGCAGUGGCAUUUGGCUCCCAAGUUUCCAACUGCUCAUCUCUAGGGGCAGGUUCCAGCAGCAGCUGAUCAGUGACCCUCUGGCUUUGCCUGGUCUAAGCAAACCCAGGCAGAGGAGAAGUCCCGAUCAGCCCCUCCUCCCUGCUGCAGCCUGGCUGCUGAACUGAUGGGCCUUCCUGCCUCUUGCUGACCUGCUGGGGGAAGAGAGAGAAACUGCUUGUGACACUACACCCCAUAUUUUUCAUAGUAAUAUUAUGAUAUUACUAUGAUAUUAUUAUAGCAUAAUUAUGAUGCAUUUUGUACAAGAGGGGUCAUUGGAAAAGUUCUGAUUUGCUGAAUAUGAGUAUCCUAUUUGCAUGCAUGUAUCAUUUUGGUAUCUGAAGUUAUGAAUCAUGAGUAUGGCCUUGUCUACACUGGCACGUUACAGCGCUGAACCUUUCUCGCUCAGGAGUGUGAAAAAACUCCCCCUUUCAGCGCUCUAAAAUGCCAAUGCAGUCACGGCACCAGGGCUGGGAGCCAUGCUCCCAGGGCUGUUAGCUACGCCCCUUGUGGGGGUGGUUUUUUUUAGAGUGCUGGAAGAACCGUAGCAGAGCUUUAACACUGCUAGUGUAGACAGAGCUUUUGUAUCUUUAUUUCAAAUGUAGUUACACCUGGGUGAUACCCACUAAGCAAGAUGCUUCCAGUCUAGACAGCUGGCUGGGAAGGGCCUAUAUUAGGUAAUGGGCCAUCAGGGGAAACAAUAAGUGUAGGAGAAUCUCAUCCCCCACCUGGUGAGCCUUCCUGGGAACGCUCCAGACAGCUGAUGAGGAAUGGGUGCUAUGACUCAGCAAGGUAUGCAAGGGCAUGUGACCAAACAAUACUGAUCUCUGUUUUGAGUACCUAUGUGUUUCCACAAACUGGUCUGGGAACCAAGCUUGAAAGAAAGGGUUUCUGCCAUAUGGAACAGCUAUGUAAGGCAGGGAGUGACAUCAUUGGUGGUUGUUCACUCUCCCAUUGCUGAAUGCCUGCUGAAAGGAGCUCCAAAAGAAAAUGACUUGGGCUCCCUAUCCCUGUUCCAAGCUGCAAAGCAAGUGCAGCUUGUGCCUUUAGCAUCUGCAAGCCUGCUUGUAUCAUCAGUCAGGAUGAAAAAUUAUUAAUUCAUAUCCAAUCUUUCUAGGUUUUUAGGCUUAGUUUGUGGUUUUGUUUAUUUACUAGGUAAUUUUGCUUUGAGCUGUUUGAUAUCACUUAUAAUCACUUCACUUUAAUUUUUCUGUAGUUAAUAAUCUUGUUUUAUGUUUUAAUCUGAACCAGUGUGGCUUUUGAGUGAAAUGUCUGGGGACACUCUGCAGCCAGAACCUGGGAUAGGAGGAUAAGGGAACAGAUGGACGCACACACAGAAUUUUUCUGAUUAUCAUCUCCCUGACCCUCUCACCAGUCACUAAGUCAGUCUAUGCAGAGGCAGGUGAUAAUGGUGAUGUCACCAGUCCUUGAUGUGGUCUUUCAAGGGGGUCUCGACUACCCCCAAUUGACUUUUUUCAGUUGGCCCUGGGAUCUGAUUAGGCCUAGCAGUCUGCAUCAGUUCCUUUGGGCUGUGUCUGUAAAGACAGCCCAAUAUAGAGAGGACUCCAUUGUCCUAGCCCUUUCUGCCCAUGCCUCCCCACCCCCUCUGUGCUCUCUCCUUUUAUAGCUGGUUUUGUCUCCCUUACUGGUUGCAGCUAUGGGAGCCUGCCUCUGUUAUUGGCAGUAGAGGCAGCUGGGGGGGGUGGUGGUGGUGGUGGUCAGGCUGUUUGCUUGCAGGCAGGAGGGGCUCCCCUCCCCCUAAAAACCUUUGUGGGGUGUGGGGUUUGUAGAUUUCCCUUUACAAGUACACAGGAGUGAAAGUGUAUCGUUUUUCAGGCCUGCUCUAAAAUGCUGUUUCUGAAUAUCCAGUGCUUUCUGUGCUCAACCAUUGGACACAGCUGCCCAGACCCCCAUCUCCCUCCUGCUUCUCCUAGUCCCUAGCCCGGCUUCUCCACUAGGGAGCCCAUUUCUAAUCAGGUCCCUGUGGAGGAAGGGACGAGGAAACAGACACACAUCUCCCUCCCUUGCCCACAAUCUCUGUCAGUCUCGGAUCCUUAUCUGGUGGGGAACUAAGUAAAACCAGCCCAUCAGGGCUGUGAGCAGAAAAUCUCCCUCCCACAGCAGCUCCCCCAGGGCAAUGACUCAGUGCCUCCCCACCAGCACACAGAGGCUGAAUGUCCAUCUGAUAGUGGCUCAGGGGCCAGGUUGGAAUGUGCUGGGAUCUCAGCCUGGGCCAUAGUGGGGCAGGUGACCCCGUCUCACAGAACCACACCCAGCAAGGCCCGCACUGAUUUUCUCCCUUUUUGUCAGCCCUAUAGAGAGGCCAAGGAUUCAUUGGCCCAGAGAGACCAAGCUCCUGUCCCCCGGGUAAGGGCUGGAGCCUGGUGGCUGGGGACAGCGGGAGUGAGGGGAUCUUGCACUAGGGGUCCAGCACUGCCCAGGGUGUGGGAUAAACAGAGAGCUCUAGGGGUCCCUGGUUCAGUGCUGGAUGUGCUGGCCAAGAGGGCAGCUGUCACACCUGUUCUUAGCCUGGUGGAUACUGCUCUAUUUCCCUGCACUGUCUCACCAGCUCUCAGGGACUCCUGGCUCUUUGCAGAUGGCAGCAGGUGCGCAGGGAACUGGGGCUGGGGCUCCUGCCCUGUAUGGGGGGAUGGCUAACCAGAGAACUCCAGGCCCCAAGGCUCUCAGGCCACUUGUCCAGUCUGGCUUCAGGAAGGGAUCUGGGGACAGACAGCGGGAGCCUGGGUGAGGCUGGGGAGCAGCCACCUGGGACCAGAAAUGCAGCUCCAGAUGCGGUGAGACUAGCACUUGCCAGGGAUGUGGCUAGUUACAGGGGCUGCCAUAUAGCUGGUACAAUGGUGUAGCUAUUUAGUGCAUUGCACUGAGGAAUUCAUACAUUCUUGCAGCUGGAUGGUGUGAACCUAAAUUUUGUAUCUGCUCCUGUUUUGCUGGAUAAUGCAUGGCUGGAAAUUUCUAGCCAUCAGUCACACUCCUUCAUUCUGUGGCUGUUCUGUGUGGCUGGGCACUGCAUCCAAGAGUCUACUGCGGCAGAGUGGCUUUGAGAUCAGAUUCAACAGUGAAUUUGGGGAGUGGUCUUCUGGAACCAGAACAGGAGCUGCCACUGCAAUUGGAAAGGCCCGCUGAGCCGAGAUGCUGCUGGGGCAGCAGGUGGUUACUUCAUGAACAGCCAGAUACAAUAGUGUUACAGAUCCUGACUCCUACUGUGAUGAGAUACAUUGUCAUGAUUACGUAAGGCAAACUGGUUACACGGUUGUAAAUUUCCUUCUAACCAGUCAGUCUUCCUGCUUCUGGACAGUCAGAGGCUGUCAGCUCUGGUGGAUGGACUCAGGCAGAGGAUCUCACUGCUGCUGGUUGGGUUUUUUUUUUUUUUGCUUGUGAAUGUAUUGCCUGAGAAUUGUAGCCAUCAGUCAGACAGGUGACAUGCAGUUACUUUUGGCCAACAGAAGUGGCCUCCAGGAGCUUUGAGGAGGAGGCUGGAGAGAUGAAUCCUUCAGUCCAUGUGACCUGCAGCUGACUGUCUCCUGCGAAUUCCCAGAUUCCUGAGUGGAACUAGGGGAGGAGGGAUGCUCUCCAAUAACAAGGACAAAGCACCUGGGCUGGGGUAUAGUGAAACAAAUCAGAAGCCACGCGCACAAAUCGUCUCACUUCUGAGUGCUGUUUGUGUGUGCAGGCACGUCCCAUCUCUUAUGGCUGACCAUGACUUCGUAUCCCCAGCCCUAGAACGCAAUCUGGUAUUGGACACCUUUGCAGCCCAUUGUGCUAAUAAGCUAACAGAGAAGUUGCACAAGGUCAAAACGGGGACUAGAACUAGGGUCUCUAGUGUGGAAGCCCCAGGUAUUGGCUACUCAUCCCCACCGGCUUUAGUCUCAACAUGUCAAAUAAUCUGUUCUUUGGCUCCUGUUGCUAAUGAUUACGCCACACCAGGGGUACCAGAAUAGGGUGGGCAGGGGGCCAUGGCCCCAUCACUUUUAAAAGCGGGAGAGUUAUGCCUGCCCUCCUUUUAGUGGCCAUAACGGGGUGGAACAGUGGGAGGGAUAGAGAGUGAGCAGGGGAUGAGGCCUUGUGGGGAAGGGUCAGGCAAGGGUGGAGCCUUGUGGAGAAGGGGCGUUGCAAGAGUGGGAGCUUGAGGGGAAGGCGUGGCACAGGGGCAUCAGGAAAGGGGAAGUGCAGGGGGCAGGAUGAUGGUUCAGAUAUUGGUGUCAUCCACCUCUUCCCCUCACACACACUUUUAAGGAGCUUCCCUUACCCCUCCACCAGAGUGAAGCCAGCAAAAGUGAGUCCUGAUCACAAAUGUUCUACUGAUGACUAGCAAAUACUUGUGUAACCCACUGGAAAAGCAUGUGUCCUGUCCCGGCUGGUCCAUACACAGUACAGCAAUUAUUCCCAGAGCUGAAGUGGUGGGGUGUGCAUUGGGGAUCUGAAGAGACAUGAUUCAAAUCCUGUAGCAGAUCCAGAGGGAGGGGAACUUUGUAGUUCUGUGUGUUUUGUAUUUGUUUCUAUAUUGCUUUAAAAAAAAGAAAUUAAUGGUUUAUUUUAGGGUUGUCAAUUAAUCAUAGUAAACUCAUGCAAUUAACUACAAAAAAUCAUUGUGAUUAAUCAUACUGUGAAACAAUAGAAUACCAAUUGACAUGUAUUAAAUAUUUUUGGAUGGUUUAUCUACAUUUUCAAAUAUAUUAAUUUCAUUUACAACACAGAA